GUAUUUUUUGGCACCUGUUUCCGGAGAGUUCCAGUCACGUUCGCGUGAAAGAAACUGAACUCUUGAACUGAUUCUAUGGAAUAUAUGCUAAUUAUUUAUUUGUUUGAAUAACAUUUUUAUUCUCAGAAGUUAACAAAUUGUGGAAAUGUAAGUCAUAUAGCAAAUAAUUUAAUAUCAGAAUGAACAUAGAAGAAGAAUACAGUGAAGAGGAUAAAAUAAUUUGAAUCUAUAAAUAGAACUCAUCAUGCCUAUGGAUACGCCCACUAUACCCAAUUUACCCAUCAGGGAUUUGGGAUCAUUUGCCAAUGCACAUGUGCCCAGUGAUGCUGAUAUAAAAGACCACAGACAUCAAGAAACAGUAUACAUUGGUUUACAGUUACCUAAACAUCACCAUGGGAUGCGACGUAGACGUCACCACAAACAUAAAAAGACCGGUGUUGAGAGAAUUAAGGCGGAGGAAACUGACAACAGUUCGACCACACCUCCACGUAUGAGAAUUCAAUUCCUGCUAGGAGAAGACGAUGAUGAUGAACAUACGUCACAUGACUUGUUUUGUGAAUUGGAGGAGCUUAUUACUGUGGAUGGGAAAGAACCACAGUGGAAAGAAACUGCUAGAUGGAUAAAGUUUGAAGAAGAUGUGGAAGAGGGAGGAGAGAGAUGGUCAAAGCCACAUGUUGCCACCUUAUCAUUGCACUCAUUGUUUGAGUUACGCUGUGGCCUCAUGAACGGCACAGUCAUGUUAGACUGUGAAGCUAAUGACAUUCAUUUUGUUUUUGACAUGCUGGUUGAUAACUUAAUAGCAGCCAAACAGCUGGAAGAAAAUUUAAAAGAUAAAGUUCUGGACACGUUGUAUUUACGUCAUCACCAUCAGUAUCAGAAAAAACACCACGAGGACGGCAAUAGUGGUCGAUUCCAUUUACCAAUCAUACGAUCACUUGCUGACAUCGGGAAAAAGUUCUCUGCACCUGCAUUGCAUAAUAAUGGACGUCUGAAAAAUUCCCAAAUUCCCAAAUCCCAGACUGCUGUAAGACUUGACAAAUACAACAAAGCAAAUAGUUUGUCCACUGCCAAAACAACUCCAAACUUUGGACGUGCUCAGAGCAGUCAUAGAUUAGAGGCUUCAGGGACCAUGCCAGGAUCAUUGGCCCCUAGCGAAGAUGACUCAGAGGGCCCGUCAUCAACUGGAAAGGUGGAUGAGAGUUUAUCAAGUGCACACAGUAGUGUACAUAGUAUUCCUCACAGCGAGUUAAAUCUCCACUUCAUGAAGAAGAUUCCACCUGGUGCUGAGGCUGCUAACAUCCUAGUUGGAGAGGUGGACUUUCUAACCAAUCAUCAAAUUGUGGCGUUUAUACGAUUGCUGAAGCCUGUGAUGGCUGAUUUAACUGAAGUACCUGUUCCUACAAAGUUUAUAUUUGUUUUACUUGGUCCUAUGGGCAAUUCAGCUCAUUACCAUGAAAUAGGCAGAUCUAUUGCUACACUGUUCUCUGAUGAGGUUUUCCGUGAUGUAGCUUACCAUGCUCACAACAGAGAAGAUUUACUGACAGGAAUUGAUGAGUUUCUGGAUCAGGUGACAGUGCUGCCACCUGGUGAAUGGGAUCCUACAAUCAGAAUAGAACCACCAAAAAGUGUUCCAUCACAGGAUUCUCGUAGACAGCCUACUGGUUCCAGUCUACCAAAUGGUAAACCAGUACCAGAAGAUCAAGUAGAAGGAGGAGAAAGUCAAGCUGAGACUUUACAAAGAACUGGAAGAUUGUUUGGAGGACUAAUUGCUGACAUCAAAAGAAAAGCUCCAUUUUAUAUCAGUGACUUCAAAGAUGCUCUCCAUGUUCAAUGUGUUGCAUCAUUUAUAUUUUUAUACUUUGCUUGUUUAACACCUAUCAUUACUUUUGGCGGACUUUUGAGUGAUGCAACGGACAAAAACAUGGCUGCGUUUGAGAGUUUACUAGCUGGUUGUAUAGUUGGUGUUGUUUAUGCAUUAUGUUCUGGCCAACCAUUGACCAUCCUAGGUAGUACUGGGCCAGUUCUGGUGUUCGAAACAAUAUUAUUUCAAUUUUGCAGUACAUAUGGAUGGGAUUAUUUAGAAUUUCGCCUUUGGGUCGGAAUGUGGACAUUUGUCUGCCUGAUGAUUAUGGUGGUGUUUGACUUGAGUGCUUUGGUGCGGUAUAUCACCCGUUUUACCGAAGAAAGUUUUGCGCUUUUGAUAGCAGUUAUCUUCAUUAAAGAAGCCUUUGCUAAACUGUGGUCUAUCAGCCAUUCUCAUCCUGUAAAGUUGGGAACCAAAGAGAAUCCGUAUUACGAGUGUUGCUGUGAUCCCCCACCAAAGGAUACCUCAGUUUUAAAUACAAGUUGGAUAAAUGCGUCAAAUCCUUUUUCAAUGAAUUAUAAUGUGACAAUAUCUAACAGUUCUGACUUCAACGCAACGGAGGAACAAUGGCAUCUAAUGAACUGUACAUAUUGUAUGACGAUGGGAGGUGUGGUCAAAUUUGAAGGUUGUCAUCUUUUUGUAGAUCAUGUUCCAGACGUGUUUUUCUUGUCUGUCCUUUUGUUCCUCGGAACAUUCUUCAUCGCCAAAAUCUUAAAGAGUCUUAGAUUCAGCAGAUUUUUCCCACAUGGUGUGAGAUUGCUGAUAAGUGACUUUGCAGUAAUUAUAGCUAUUGUAUCAAUGGUAUUGCUGGAUUAUCUCUUGGGAAUUGAAACGCCAAAACUGGAAGUGCCAGACGAUUUUCAGCCAACUAAUCCCAAUCGUGGUUGGGUGAUAAGCCCGUUUGGGAAGAAUCCUUGGUAUACAUAUCCAUCUGCCGUGCUCCCAGCACUUUUAGCAACCAUUUUGAUUUUUAUGGAUCAGCAAAUUACAGCGGUCAUUGUUAAUAGAAAAGAAAAUAAGUUACAAAAAGGCAAUGGCUACCAUCUAGAUCUGUUGAUUGUAGCUACUCUUAUCUUAAUAAACUCCUUCCUUGGAUUACCAUGGUUUGUGGCUGCAACUGUUUUGUCCAUAACUCAUGUCAUGAGUUUGAAGAAAGAGUCUGAAUGUACAGCUCCUGGGGAGCAACCUAAGUUCCUGGGAUGCAGGGAACAACGUGUGACUGGUGUAUCCAUCUUCCUGUUCAUUGGACUUUCUGUUUUAAUGACAAACUUUUUAAGGAUUAUACCUAUGCCUGUUUUAUAUGGAGUAUUUCUAUACAUGGGUGUGUCCUCUUUGAAAGGGAUGCAGUUGUGUCAUCGUGUGAUGAUAAUGUUUAUGCCACAGAAAUACCAGCCAGACUACAUGUUUCUGCGACACGUUAGGAUCAAAAGAGUUCACCUUUUUACCUUCAUCCAGAUUUUGUGCUUAUCAUUAUUAUGGAUGGUCAAAACAAUCAAAGUGAUUUCUAUAGUAUUUCCUCUCAUGGUGUUAGCCAUGUGUUUUGUACGUAAGGGUAUGGACUGGAUAUUUACCAGAGAUGAACUAGAAUGGUUAGAUGACAAUUUACCUGAAUCUCAUCACAGAGAAGAGGAAGAUGAACUGAAGAAAAAAGAAGAAGAGGAACAUGAAGCUGAAGAACUGUCGGAAGCUGCUACUAAAUUUAUGGACGUUCGGCGAGAUUCGUCUUGUAUUACACAGAUACCAGUAAUGAGUGGCAAUCUGGAGAAUAUACCUGCAGAGGUCAUGUUUGGACCCAAUGAGGUCAAUAUUUCAGAAGAAAUGUCAAAAACAGGCAUCUGGAAAAACUUGACUGCCAGUGAAUCAUCAGAAAAAAUAAAGUUCCGAAAAGGACUCGAUCAGCAAAGCAAAAAAACCAAGAGGAGACCAGAAAGAGAUGGGGAAGAAUUACCCACAAUUCCCAGUGAAAGUGAAUUCUCCUCUCAUAAGCCAUCAAAAGGAAAGAAAAAGCCAAAGAAAACACAUUUUUACAUCGAUGAAGAAGAAACUGACACCCUCCUAGACAAAGACAAGAUCUCGCCAAUAGAAAUCGUGAUUGAUCCCCCAAGUUAUUGUAGCGCCACGAAUAGCAUGAAUAGUAUAAGUGAGGAGAGAGUGUAAAGAUAUCAACAAAUGAAUAUUCAUUAGUCAGGGACUUUCUCAAAAGUGCCAUGAAUAAUAAAAGUGAUGAGAGAGUGCAAGGAGACAAACUCAUGAAUAUUCAUUAGUCAGGGACUUUCUCAAAAAGAAUUCUAGCUCCAUGAAUAAUAUAAGUGAUGAGAGAGUGUAAAGAGACCAACUCAUGAAUAUUCAUUAGUCAGAGACUUUCUCAGAAGUGAUAA